CCCACCCCAACCCUCAAGGUGGUCCUCCUAGGCGACUCGGGAGUAGGCAAAACAUGUUUACGGUCCCAGUUUGUGCAUCAUGUUUUCACCAACGCCUACAAGGCCACCAUCGGGGGUGACUACUUGACCACCACCGUGGUGGUGCCGUCGCAGCUGCCAGAGGAAGCCUCAGGUCCCUCGGCAGCACUUCUCGUCCCGGACGACACGAGACCUCAGAGCUCCACCAAAGUCAAUCUCCAGGUGUGGGACACCGCAGGCCAGGAGAGAUUCAAUUCCAUAUCACAGGCGUUCUACCGCGGGACCGACGUGUGUGUGCUUGUGUACGACAUCACCAACUACGAGUCUGUGUUGAGCAUCCGCGACUGGUUCAAACGGUUCAUGGAACACUGCCACGUCGAGCGUCCUGGUGUCGUGAUCGUGGGCAACAAGCUGGAUCGCAGCUCGGAGCGAUGUGUGGAUGCUGAAGAGAUAAGAGACAUUUUGGUUGCGAAUGCCUCCAUCAAUGUCGACGAGUACGUGGUCGACUGGGACACCGACCUCAAGGAAGUGUCGUCCAAAACCCUCGAGCUGGUCCAAGAGCUUUUCCUUCGUGUGGCACAAAUAGGCAUAGAGGCUGUGAACGACGGAAGAGCCCACGCACCCACACGAAUACAAGGCUUCGAC